AUGUUGCGCGAUGGCACUACUGGAGAUUGGAUUGGAACUUUCAUUGGCCAUAAAGGAGCAGUCUGGUCAUCGCGACUGUCAGCAGAUGCCAAGAUUGCGGCGACAGGAUCGGCAGAUUUCACAGCGAGAAUCUGGGACCCGCAGACCGGCGAGUGUCUGCACAUCUUGUCGCACGAACAUAUUGUCCGCUCUGUCGCCUUUCCUCUCCAAGACAACCCGCAAUGCGUCGUCACCGGUGCCCAGGACAAGAAGCUGAAAAUCUUCGAUUUGACCCGUGGUGGUAGCGCAGCCACUCCCGCACAGCUGGCCAACGGCAACAACGGCAACGGCAGCGGCAACCCUACUGUCACGCCAAGCACCACUUCCGAGGGCCAUGAGAUCGGCGUGGGCGAACACAACGGCAGCAUCAAAUCGAUUGUCUGGAAUGUCGACUACAACGUUCUCACCACCGCCUGCGACGACAAGACUAUUCGAUGGUGGGAUCUCCGAACUCAGCGCGCAGUUUCCAGCUUCAAGACCGAACGCGACAUCACCGCAUGCGAACUCUCUACCACACGAGUCGACGACACUGAUCCCGGAAUUCUCAGCGUUGCUGCGGGCAACACGUGCUUCUUCUUUGACGCUGGACGACCCGGUGAAAUGAUCAAGAAGGUCAACUUCGACCAUGACGUCGCAAGUGUCGCUAUCAACUCGCAGUCCGGACGCUUCGUCACCGGCGGGGGCAAGGAUACGUGGGUCCGAGUGUGGGAUUUUGUCCAGGAGAAAGAACUCGAGGUUUUGAAAGGUCACCACGGCCCUAUCUGGUCAACUGCCUUCUCUCCAGAUGGGAAGCUGUACGCCACCGGAAGCGAAGAUGGUACUAUCAAAUUAUGGAAGGCAUGCAAGGAGCCCUAUGGCCUCUGGCGUUGA